CAAUCGCGACAUAUCUCAGAUCAACAGAGCGCUCUGCCUGUAUUGGAUAUCUUUCGCAAAACAACCCAGAACACUUAUCGCUUAAUAAUGAUUGGACAAAAAAGCAUUCGAAAUUUCUUUCCUCCAGCUGACAACAAAAAGCGCGUUGCUAAAGAAGUAAAGGAUGAUGCCGAAGACGCAAAGGAGAAUGUAAACAAGAAGAUGAAGACGGAGAACACCGAGACUGUGUCGGUGAUCCCUUCGCCUCCACUAAGCCCGGAGCAGCUGGACCGCAUUGCCCGCAAUAAGCAAGCUGCCCAGGAGCGACUGGCAGCCCACAGUGCCCCGGAAGGCAUGGGGGAGAGCUGGAGGAGAGCUUUGCAGAAAGAGUUCACCAAGGAUUACUUCAAAGGGCUGAUGUCCUUUGUAGCAGAUGAGAGGAAGAAGCACACAGUCUACCCUCCCCCUGACCAGGUCUUCACAUGGACCCAGAUGUGUGACAUUAAAGAUGUGAAGGUUGUGGUUCUGGGGCAGGAUCCGUACCAUGGCCCAGGCCAGGCUCACGGGCUGUGCUUCAGCGUGCAGAAACCUGUACGUCCCCCACCCAGCUUGGAGAACAUGUACAAGGAGCUGUGCACUGAUAUCGAGGGCUUCCAGCACCCUGGACACGGUGACCUGACUGGAUGGGCCAAACAAGGAGUGCUGCUGCUCAAUGCUGUAUUAACUGUGCGAGCCCACCAGGCCAACUCCCAUAAGGACCGUGGCUGGGAGACGUUCACCGACGCGGUGAUCCAGUGGCUCAGCACCAACCUUGACGGCCUGGUUUUCAUGCUGUGGGGCGCCUAUGCACAGAAGAAGGGGGCCGCCAUCAACAAGAAGCGACACCACGUGCUGCAGACAGUGCACCCCUCCCCAUUGUCGGUCCACCGGGGCUACUUCGGCUCCAAACACUUCUCCAAGACCAACGAGCUACUCCGGAAGAGCGGCAAGACGCCCAUCGACUGGAAGGCACUUUAGUGCAGUGGUUCUCAACCUCUCUUGAACAAAUGGCCCCUGCCUCCCACCGCCCCCUUGGCUGCAUCAUAAGCCUGCCAACGGCCCUCUUACUACCGAAAAAUUUAACUGGACUAAAAUGCCCCCAAUGACAACUAAGCUCCGCCCCCUCUCUACCCCCUGUCUGUAUCCUUCUCAA